GGAAUUCCCAGUUUUCUACCAGGCUAUUUUAAAUUCAGAUAGCAGGACUGCGCUGCAACAUAAUGACUCAGCACACAUGGAAGCUCAGGUUCAGAUGCAGGACUCACCCCUUGCCGCUAGAUGGCGGUGCGACCUGUUCUGGAGCUUCACUGAAGAUGGUGGCGGUUAGUGAGGAGAAAGUGACCAUUCCGUUCGGAACCAAAGUACUGGACGGUGUUCUGACCGUUCCUGAAGUGGAGGCCGUGCGGACAGGACUCAUCCUCACACAUGGAGCCGGAGGGGACAUGAACCUGAAGGCCCUGCGGUCUCUGGCCAGCUGCACGGCCGCAUCUGGUGUCCUGUGUCUCCGAUUCACCUGUAAAAGUCUCAACUUCACCUACAGAGUGCGGGCGUUUCAGGCGGCAGUUGAUUACAUGAAAACCCUCGAGAGGUUCACACUGAGUAACGUUUUCCUUGCGGGUCGUUCGAUGGGAGCCCGAGCUGCCGUGGCGUUGGGUCGGCAGAUGUGUGCUGCGGAGGAGGGAGCCAUACAAGGCCUGGUGUGUGUGUCCUUUCCUCUUCAUCCUCCUGGUCAAAGGCACAGACAUGUUAAGCGCAGUGAGGACCUCACAGCGCUGUCCCACGUCCCUGUGCUCUUUGUGUCUGGCACUGCUGACAACAUGUGUGAACGACUUCUGGAAGGUGUUGUGGAGCAGAUGGAGAGCUCCAGCUCUGUGCACUGGGUGGACGGUGGCAGUCACGGCCUGGCAGUAAAGGGGAGGAUGGAGGAGUCUGUGCUGGAAGAGGUCAACUCAAAAAUCAUCACAUGGAUACUGGAACAUGUCUGAAGAUGCUCUGCUGCUGAGAUCUGUUUUUUAUAUAGUGCUUGUCUGAUUGUCAACAUUUAUAUGUGAAAGAAAACAAUGUCUACAUUUGUAUAAAUAAAAUCAUUCUUAAAGUGUC